UAGCGUAAUACAUACAGGAAUCCAUCCAUUUAUACAUAACGACCUCGACGGCUCUUUGAAUAUCAGCUGUAAUUCUGGAGUAUUUUCCUGCAGAUCGAUUGCUUAGCUUUACCAGCCCCGCUGCUUCCUUGCUAGACUCCUUUUCCUUCAUAUUUCGGUUCUGAUAUUAUUUGGGCGAGAUGGCGAUUGGAGAUUUGUGGUUUGAACUUCACCGUCGCCUCGGCUCCAUGGCUGCAUUUUACUAUUACAGAAAUACAUCAGGAAGGUAAAAUUGUAUCUGUGUUAUGGAUAAUGCUGAACAAAGUCCUCGGCCCCCAUCAAAGGGUAUAUUUGACACAGCUAGUUUGUUAGCCCCGUCUUCUACAAUCUUCAGCUCUCAGCCUCCAACUCCUGUUCAGUCUCCUUUACCUCACUUAGCUCACUCUCCAAGUGCUUUCUCAGUUCUGGGAAGAAAUGCUGUUCUUAUACCUCCACCUUCUUCAAAUUCUGGCAACUCCUCGCCUUCGCCUACAAGCGGGAAAAUUUGCUCGCCUAUCAUGCAUCACUCCGCUUCUGAUGCUUUAUCUUCUCUUGCCUCCUCCUCAGGUCCCUGCAAUUGGUGGUCUGCUGCAUCGCCUAUAGCAAGUAGUUCUGAGUUUCCUGGAUGUGGAGUCCCAAUUUCAGAUCCAUUUGGCAGGCCAGGGAUCUGUGGGCGUUCAACAGUAACUCCUGCUCAUCUUUCUGUACAGCAACCAACACGAAGAAUCGUAGAAGAAGUUUUAGGUCAUAUGUAUGCUAAACCUCCAUCCGCAGAAUCAAAGAAUGAAACACAGUCCUCAGGUAUACCUAGUCCCCAAACACUCUGCAAAACAAAUGCAUUGCCUAAUUUAGUUGGUGUUUCCGCAAAGAAAAUAACAAAGGUGAAAAUUUCUGAGAAGGAAACUAAUCAUGCAAAAUCUAGCGAAAAAUCUAAAGCUGCUACAAAUAGCAUCUCUUCCUCGUUAUCAGGAGUUUCUACUGUCUCAGGGAAUCCAAUGGCAAAAUCGACCUCAAAAAAAUCUACAGAAGCUGUAAAUGAACAAAUUGUUAGGUUUUUACCAGCACCAGAAAAACCUCCUACUAAACGUAAAAGUAAACCAAAAAGCUCUAAACCAGAUGCUGCCAAAAAUGGAAAGAAGGUUAAAGCAGAAAAGAAACAAGUCAAACGACCUAAAGAGAAAAAAUCUAAGAAGUCCAGUGAAAGGUUCUCUGGUUCCGAGAGUGAAAGCCACAUGGAUUCGAGCUGUAGUAGCUCGGGUGCCGAAAGCUCCGGCGCUGCGAGCUCCAGUUCUAGUGAUUCUAGCGACGAUGAAGAACGAGAGAAGCAGCAGAAACAGCUAGCAAGAUUGAAAAAACAGCAACAGGAACUCAGACGAAAAGUGCAGGAAUUGAAGCAGGCAUCUCACGAUAGUGUGCAUCAAAAGCCUGAAGCACAUCAGAUUAAAAAGAUAUCUGCAACUCCAAAAACCUCACUGCCUUCAAGUGGCCCACUCAACCACACAGUGAAACCAGUUCCUAGUCCUGCUCAUUCUUCUCCAGUUUUACCAACACCAUCCAAAACUGUGUCUCCUGAAGUCAAUUCUGGUUUGUGCGGUGAUGUUGUUAUUGAAGAAGAGCCAAAUUUAUCCUUUCCUUUGGAUCUUUGUAUGAAAAAACAGGAACCUACAUUUGAAGUGACAGCUUCUAUUGCCAGUUCUUACAUGCCAAGUACAACCACUGCUACUACUUCUUCAACAGCUAAAAAAAAUAAAUUUCAAACUACGGGUAGUAAUGUCACAGGUGCUAACAAAAUGACGAUGCCAAAGAAGCGGGGACGCAAACCAAAAGUAGCUCAAACCCCAGGGAAUGCUAUUUCAUCUCUGCCUGAAAAGGUGCGCCAGAUCAAAAGACACUCCAUAAAAGACAUAGCAAGUUUACUAACGCCAUCAAAAGUAGAUGUGUUACCUGCACAUAUUCCAAAUCCUUCACUAGCAAAACUGGGAAGUUCCAGUUCUUGUCCUAAAGUGCAUGCACCAAAUACAUUGGGCAGUCCCAGUGAUAUUGCUCCUCUCCCGAGGAAGAAUUUCACUUUAGACAGUUUAUUGAGUGAAACGAAUGGCAAUUUUGAUGCCUUACCUCAACUUCCUGAGAAUGACACUGCCUUGUUUCCUAGUUCAUCAUUUAGCAAUAAAAAUAUGAAAAAUAAAGAUCGGCCAAGGAAUAGCAACAAAGUAAAGAAAUUCGAUGACAAAAUUAAAGAAUCUGAGUCUCCAUCUCAAAUUGAAACAUCCUCACCCUCAGAUUCUGAUCCUGAUGAAGAAAAUUCUGAUAGUGAAGAUACCGAACAUUCUGGAAGCUUAGCAGAUAGUGCAUCUGCGUUGACUGGACGUAGGCGUAAACGAUCAUAUGAUGAGGACGGCGACGAUUUUAGAAACAAAAGAAGGCGUGUUCUGCCCGAUGAAAGAGAAGUGCAGAUUCCUCUCGAGCACGGUUGGAGAAGAGAAACAAGAAUCAGAUGCUUCAGUAGGUCUGGUGUAAGAGGUGAAGUUUCCUAUUAUGCUCCCUGUGGUAAAAAACUUCGCAGUUAUCCUGAAGUUGUGAGGUAUCUAAUUAAAAAUGGAAUCACAGAUAUUUCACGUGAUAAUUUUACAUUCAGCACAAAGAUGAAUGUUGGAGAAUUUCUCGAAAGUACUUCUUCUGGUUCCGGUCAGGAUUAUGUACUGUUAACCGAACAAGAAGUUAUUGCCAGAAUAGAAGAAGUUAGAGCCAGAAAAGGCCGCUUGGGCGUGCAAAACCGAAAAUCGUCGCAGCAUCGAUCUGCCGAGGAAGAAGAGCAGCAGCGACAGUGGGAACAGAAGCAGUUGCAGCAUCAUUUAGAACAGCAAGCCGAAGAAAGUCGAAAGCAGAAGGAACAACAGCGUAUUAUGAAACAGCAAGAAAAAUUUGAAAGACUGGAACAAAUGAGAAUUGAAAGAGAAAUUCGUGCUCAGCAGUUACUUGAGGAACAGGAAAUGAAACGUCAGCAAGCUGUUUUUCUUAGAGAGCAGGAAAUGCAGAAACGUAGGGAAAUGCUGCUAAUGGUUGAUUUGGAAAGGGAAAGACGGCGUCAGCAUAUGAUUUUAGUUAGAGCUCUAGAAAACAGAAAAAAACAGGAGGAGAGAGAAAGGAAACGAGAAGAAAUUUUGUUUGAAAAAAGAAUAAACAGAGAAAAGGAAAUGGUAACUAAGAGAUAUUUAUUAUGCAUACUCCUUGCAUUUAAAAAACCAGUCGAUGAUAUGAUGCUGAAAGAUCUCAUUCCUCUUCCAGAAUUAAAUCGAAUACCAGGGGUCAAAUUAUGUGGCAAAGCAUUUGCUGAUACUUUGAUGGUGUUUGAAUUCUUGCAUAAUUUUGGUGAAACAUUAGGAUUUGAUAUGGAUAGUUUGCCUACUUUAAACACUAUGCAGAUGGCACUGUUAAAUCUUGAUGAGAAGUGCGAAGAAGAAUUACUAUCUGUACUUCACCAUCUUCUUGUUUGUGUAAUUGAAGAUCCAGGUGUGCCACAUAGUCCAGAGGCAGCUACAGUUUUGGGUCAAAGCCUGAAGGAUGCUGAUAUAACAAACAACAAUGUGUCAGAAGUUUUGAGGUUAUAUUUUAUUGCUCAAGACAAGAGAAGCCCCAUGCUGGAAUGGUUGCAGACAAAGCCUUUCUUAUCAUUAAAUGCCACACAGAAAGCUGAAAUUAUUGCAUUUCUUUGUGAUGAAUUGCUCACCAGCCGAUUACUCACCAGGCAAAUAGAUAGCAAUAUUGAAAAUGUUAAUGUUCUUCGAAAGGACAAGUGGCUCGUGGAAGGAGAUUUGAGAAGGUACCGUUCUAUUCAGCAACGUCGAGCUUUAAAAGCGAGGCUGAGUGCGAUGGAGGAAAACCGUGAUAACCCAAACUGUGUGAAUAUGCUGUCAGCAGAUCUGCCAGAUUUCAGCCUCACUAUGGCUAAAGAUAAUCAAACAGGAAAUGAAGAUUCUGACAUGAAAGAUAUAUCUAAAUCAGAAAAAGAGAAGCUGGAAGAUAUGGAAAAUGAACUUGCCAAUGAAAGUGGUAAUGAAAGCGAUGAUACAGCAACUGGAGCAACAGGGCAAAUUUCUGAAGGAGAGGAUGAUGAUCUGCAUUUAUCAAAUGAUGAGAUCAAUAAAAAGAUAGAAAAAUUAUCUAAGCAACUUACGUUGUGCUCGAAUCGACUGACUAAAGCUUUCUAUACUAUCCGUGGUGCUACAUUUGGUAUGGACAGGUAUCACAGGCGUUACUGGGUCCUUCCAAAAUCUGGUGGUGUGUUUGCGGAAUCAAUGGAGUCUUCACUUAAACCUGAAGAACGAGAAAAAGUUUUAGCUGCAUCAAAAUUAGCUGCAGUGAAAAAAGAAGAAGCUGCAUCUUUAGAAGAAGGGAAAAGUAAAGAAAAUGAAAAUGAAAGCAUCUAUGUGAAAGAAAAUUCAACAUUGAAAGAGUCAGUGCACGAGAAAAGUGACUGUGAUGUUGGUGUUAUUAAAUCUGAUAUAUCUACAGAAGACAGACUCACAGACAAAAAAGAAGUUAAUAAUAUCCAUGUAAUUAAAACUGAAUUUCAUGCAGGCAGUAUUGUGAAAGACAAUUGUAUAAAAGAAGAAAAGGAAGCUAUUAUUUCUGUAAAUAAAAACUUUCCAGCUGAGCCAGAAUACAGUGUUUUGAAUAAUGAAGUUAAAGAAAAUUGCAUAAAUCCUUGUGAAAAUACUCCCAAAACUGGUGUGUUGACACAUGAAAAUAAUGAUGACGUUGAAAAAUCUCUGCCUUCCGGUAAAGAGAAUUUUAAUAGCAUUUCUGAAAGUGGUAAAGUCAAAAAUCAAACUUUAGAAAAGUCUGAUUGUAAUGGAAAAGUUACAUCACAUAGCAGAGAAAGUAAGUUACCAAGCAGUGCCGAAAAUAAAGAUUUAAAAACAAAGUCUCAUGAUAAAGUUGAUAUUGAACAUAAAAAUGUAUCUCAGGCAGAUGCUAACUUUAUAAAGCAAGUUUGGUCUUCUGAUAAGAAGGAUAGCAGUGAUACUUUCCCAAACAUUAAGAAAGAAAUUGAUGUCAAAGUGAAAAAAGAGGACAAAAAAGACCGAAAUAAAGAAAGUGAAAAUAAAUUUUUAGAUAAAGUUAUGGAUGUUAAAGAAGAAAAAAAGCCAAAUGUGAAUAUAUUUAUGCCAAAUUUAUGUGAUAGCAGUAUUAAUUUAGAUCUUGGUGCUCCUAAAUUACACAAUGGUUCAGAGAGGCAGCAUACUCCCAACCCGUCCAUACCUCCUGACCAAAACUGGCUUCUGCAUUCCCCUCUGUUUGCUUCCAUACUUGCUGGGAACAUGCUUUUUAAUGGCCCUCUUAUGUCUCAAAGAGACAUGAAUGGUACUUAUUUCAACCUUCCUAAAAAUGACUCAAACAAUCCUUUUGGACCAUUUCUUGGACUUCAGCCGGGUAUGCUUUCUGCUGAACAAAUAUUCAAAUCACUCGGUGAAAAACCGAACAAUCAAAAACCUUGGUUUAGUAUUCUUCCAAGAAUGCCUUGUGAUGAAAGCUUAUUAAGCUCACCUCAAACAACAAGAAAUUCUUCUGUUCAUUCACCAAGUAGUGUCUGUUCACCAGAUUUGAGAUCAUCACCUCGAGUUGCACAUUCAUCCUUGAUGCCUAAUCCCCCACCAGGUCACGUUGCUUCUGCAUUGUCCAAUCUUCAAAUGGAACUAUUAAAUGGAGUACCUCCAGGUUUUUUCUUGCAUCCUUUUCUACCACCUCAGUUUGGUCCUACAUACCAAUCCUCUCCUCCAGUUACUUGCUCUUCACAUCACAAUUCUUUUACAUCAACUAUGUCUCAUUCGUCACCCAUGCCAGAUUUUAAUUUGAAUUUCAAUCGGCCGCCAGCUGCAUCCACUCCCAAUUCUAUCCCUACACCAAGUGCUACACCAGGACCUACCUCUCAGGGCUGUGCUACGCCUACCUCACGAGACUCGCCUUCACCCUGCUUUGCAAAAAAACUCAUGAUGGAAAAAAUGGCUCAGGAAUAUGAAUCACCACAACCAAUACCAGAAGAACUACAAAGAGGUUGGUGGCGAAUCACAGAUCCAAAUCAGUUGAAGACGCUCAUAAGUGCUCUUCAUCAUAGAGGCAUCAGGGAAAAGAUGUUUCAGAAGCAACUUCAAAAACAUUUCACCUUUGCAUGUACCUCUUGUUCACAAGGUCAAACUGAAGAUACUCAAUUGGAAUUAAUUGAUCUAGAUAAAGAGAUAGCAAACUUAGUAGGAGGUUCUCCUGAUCCUGAUCCUCCAGAUUUCUGGUAUCGCAACAUUGCAUUACGUGUCGACAUGGCUAUCCUAGAACAAGUAGAAAAUUUAGAAGAAAAAGUAGAUGGCUCAAGUAUGCAAGUUAAGUUCUGGAAACCGCCACCUAAACUCUCUUUGGAACAAAUUUCAAAGUUUGUUCCUUCAUGUGAACAGUAUGUCCAGCGUAAAGCUGAAGACAUAUAUGAUGCUAUCAAGGACAAAAGUCAACGGAAAAGCAGCAAGAAAAGUCAGUCACGGAAAAAGAAGCCUCCUAAGAAAGAAAGUGAACCAGAGCCAUGUGAAGUAGACCUUGAAAAGAAAGAUGAUGAUGUUGUUGAACCUUUACCUGAAACCGAUAUGAACGAAGUAAUUGAACCAGUACUGGAAGAAGCAGAAAAGUGUGCUUCUGAAGAUCUGAAUAAACCUGAAAACGAUAUCAUACCUUUACCACCAGGGAAAAUGAAUCCUGUGGAAGAAGCAAAGAAAAGAUUAUUGAAAGUUGAAGCAGCCAUAGAACGAAGAUAUCUGAGGCCUCCACUGGGCACAAGUGCAAAUGAGCUAAACAGAUCAACCUUAUCCAAUAAUGGAGCUAAUAGUAGCCAGUCAGUGUUAGAAACUCCAGAGGAAGACCCUAUACCUGUCGGUCUCGUGAAGUGGCGAAAUGCAGUGCAAAAUUGUCGGACGGCCGCACAGCUGGCCAUGUGUAUAAAUUUCCUCGAAACCUGCACUGCAUGGGAUAAAUCAAUAAUGAGAGCUAGUUGCCAGUUUUGUCAUAGUGGAGAUAACGAAGAAAAGUUACUACUUUGUGAUGGAUGUGAUAAAGGCUAUCAUACAUAUUGCUUUAAGCCUGUUAUGGAAACAAUUCCUGAUGGAGACUGGUACUGUUUUGAGUGCUUAAAUAAGGCAACUGGAGAUAAUGUUUGUGUGAUAUGUGGAACAAAAGGAAAAUUAGUUGAAUGUGAGGCCUGCCCCAAAACAUUUCAUUUAAAUUGUCUAGAUCCACCAUUAUCAAAAAUGCCCAAAGGGAAGUGGUACUGUUCUGGCUGCAAUUUAACAAGGCCUAAAAAAUCUUGUAAAAAAUCCAGUUCUACUAAAGAAAAAGAAAAUUCCAAAGAUACAAAAGAAGGUUCAGAAAAGACUACUAAAAAAUCUGAAAGUGGACAACCUUCGAAAUCUAAAAGUACAGAAAAGAAAGAGAAAAAAGAAAAAAUCCAAACUCCUCCUGGAAAUAAAGAUUUAGCUCCUUGCAGUACAAUUCUUGAUGAAUUGGAGAAGCAUGAAGACGCAUGGCCUUUCUUAACUCCCGUCAACACAAAACAAUUUCCUACUUACCGAAAAGUAAUCAAGAAACCGAUGGACAUCGCCACCAUGCGUGCUCGACUCGAAGCUGGCCAGUAUAAAUGUAGAGAAGAUUUUGCAAAUGAUGCACGAUUAAUCUUUGAUAACUGCGAGACGUUUAAUGAGGAUGACUCUCCGGUGGGACAGGCCGGUCAUUCGAUGCGAGCCUUCUUCGAAACCCGCUGGUCGGAACUGUGCACCACGUGAUAGUGAGGUCCGUCUACACGUGCUUCUAAAAGAUUUCUUCAUUGGUCCAGAGAACACAGCUGAACACAGAGAACUGAGUGCUAACUGUGACCAUGUCAAAGUGCCUGUAUUUGAACAUUACAGGUGGAUGCACAUCUGUAAACUGAUUGUACUUUCAUUUUUAUAUCAAAUCGCACAAACUCUAGGCAGUGUUACAUAAGACAUUAUUGUAUGGUCGGUAUUGUCAUUUCACAUACUCAUCACCUAAUUUAUGCUUAAUUUAAUCAAUGUAUUUCUCCACUGUGUUUCGUCUCCUCACUUAUUUGUAUUUUAGAACUAUUUUUACAUUGCUGUUAUAACAACUCAUUUUCAUGUCAUAAAAUAUGAGUUUUCUGCGGGGUCAAUGCAUAUUAGUACCAACUUAAGCAGAAGUUUAUUUUCUUCAAGUUGUUGAUACUUGAGUAAAAAUUGCUCAAAUUGCCAUUUGAUUCACUUUGAUCAUCGUCAUCGCUCCUAGGCCGACUUCUUUAUUAUGUUCUGUUGAUUUAUUUGUACGCAUGUCAGUGUUUUAUCAUGAAUUCAAGGUUUUGUGUGUCUCACAAUGUUCACAGUGUAAUAUUUUUCAGGGAAAUCAUUAGGUUUUUAUUCUGGUAAAAUUCCACUGACUGUAGUGUGAGAAAAAGUAAAAUAUAUACCUCACAGGAUCACAACGUAUGUUCUCCAGCAGCUUUGUAAAGAAUUUUGAACUUUUAAUGAUGCUUAAGAUAUAUUUAUUAUCUCUGUCAAUGAAAUAAAUAAAAAUAAUCGAAAACUUAUGUAUGUUCUUCCCUGCAUAAGUUUAUUUCAUAACCGAUUGCAGUGAGUAGAGUUUUUCGAUUCUGUAAAUUAUAUCCAGUGUGCUACGAGAGGUGAAGCUUAGAGAUGAAAAGAAACGUGGUUAUGUUGCUGAUGUAUAUGAUACAUUAUCACUCAUUCGAGGGUUAAUAUUCUUAUUAACCUUGUUAACCGCAAGAUGUAAAAUAUUCCCCGGUGAUGUCGUCAUGAUAGUUAAAAAGAAACUCGCUGUGCAGUGCAUGCUGAAAUUAUUUUUUAGCUCACUGAAAUAGAUAAAUUUAAAUAGUUUCCCAGUGCAUUUUAUCAGCUGUAUGUUAAUUUUUAAGAGGUGUUUAUAUUUCUAAUAAGCUUCCUGUGUAUUAAUUUCCACUUUCUUACAUUUCAUAUCAUAAAUACUAGCAUUAAUUCUGUUUUCAGAUUUUUAAAAUGCAUUUCAAUUUUGAAAAUGUAUAUAUAUAUAGUGGUGUUACGAAAUGAAUAACAACUCAGGAAGAAAUUAUUAAAAUGAGUUUUCCGAGCAGCCAUAGCUAUUCCCGGGAAAGCGGGUUACGUUUCGUGGAAUUACAAUUUAGCGGCAUAUGAAAUUAUUUGUUUUUUCUUUUUGUCUUUCUUUAAACUGCCAAAUCUUUGCAAUUUUUAAUACUCGUGUAUGUAAAUAUGCUUAAAAUAAUCUUUUAUGUGCAUUUGUAGUAUAAUUUCUGUAACCUAAUUAAGGGGGAAUUUUCAAAAUCAUUUUCAAUACCAUUGGGUUGUAAGUGAAUAACCAUGACAGCUAUUCACUUGAAUUUUGAACCAAAAAAUGUACUGCAAAGUUUUGUUAUUAAAUUCCCAUUAAUUGCUGGGUUCUAGAGAAGGCAACAGCAUUAUGUGUUUUAUGUGACAUGCAAUAAUUGCAUUUUAUGUGCACUCACAUAGUGAGUUUGAUUUGUUGUGGCUUUCUGUGUCUGCCCGUUUAGUAUGUACAUUAUGGCUAAAAGCCAAAUAGUUUUAAAAUAAGCCAUGUUUUAUAUUUUGAAGUCCAUGUACAAAGUACCUCGUAUCAGUGUGUUGAUUGUUCACAGUGAAACAAAUUUGGGUAACACUACACCAUGAGAUCAUCAGAGGCAAACUUCUGCACCAGACAGUGUCUUCAUGAUAACUAAUUGACUGUAUACCUCCAGCAUAAGAAAGACUGCUCUUCUCGUUCGGCAAGUUUAUUGUCGGGCGAUUAGUUAUAGGUUGUGACAUAAAGGAAAACUGCCAGAAUUUGUCUCAACAGUUAUUGUAUAGUUUGUAUAAGAUAAUAAAAUCAUGAGAUUCCUUUGA